GUCUCUAUGUGGCAAUACAGGUGACGCCCUCAACCCCUUUUCACCUUCCAUCGACCCCCAUCAUACCCUCCCUCCUGCGCAAAACCUCUCUUUCUUUCUCUCUCUUUCAUAUCCAUUUCUUUCUCUCUCUUUCAUAUCCAUUUCUUUCUCUCUCUCUUUCUUUCUCUCUCUUUCAUAUCCAUGGGGGAAGAAGAACAAAAUGGCCUAGUACUACAUGCAAAUCACAAUCUUCUCUACUCACAUCAAAACCCACCUCUUAUUUCUCUAAAUCCUUCUCUCACGAGCCCACAGUUACAAACACUAAACCCCUUUCCCGAACCCAACUGGAAUGCCCUCCUUGCGGGAACGCUCGGGCUGGGUUCAAGCCAAGACGACGGGAAGCAAAUAGAGUUGAGCAAUAACCACCACCUUAGUGGCGGUGGAUAUGGAGGAACGGUAAUUGAGGAUAACCAUGGAAUUAAGGAAAAGGGAAGGGCAAAGCUGAGGAAGAUGAGCCGGCCGAGGUUCGCCUUCCAGACCAGGACGCCCAACGAUAUUCUCGACGAUGGUUACCGGUGGAGGAAAUAUGGGCAGAAGGCUGUUAAAAACAGCAAUUAUCCAAGGAGCUAUUAUCGAUGCACACAUCACACGUGCAGCGUGAAGAAGCAAGUCCAACGACUCUCAAAGGAUACGAGCAUCGUGGUCACAACAUAUGAGGGAGUUCACACUCAUCCAUGUGAAAGAUUAAUGGAGAGUCUAAGCCCUCUACUCAAGCAGAUGCAAUUUCUCACUAAGUUCUAAUCUUUUCAAGCUAUGAAACAAUGCUCAUGCUCACUUCAAAAGAUUUGCAAGUCUUAGGAUUAAUUUCUCAGGUAGUUACAGGCAUUUAUUGUAUAUCUAUCUACCCCAAGAUAUAUGAUAAUACUUAUUGUUUCUCAUCAAAAUGCUCUCACACAUUUUUAA